ACAAUGAUUCACAUUUCCAUAAACUAGACUAAAAUAAAUGAAAAAUUGAAAUAGUUAGGGAGCUGCACAAUAAAGACACGGCAACAUGAAAACCACAAAUUCGAAAUCUCAUUUUUCAACAUUUAUCUAUCAUCAUAUUCGUAUACAAUAAAAUUAGUUUGCAAAAAAUGCUGGUCCACAAUCAAUUCCCCAUGACAUUAGCAGUCCGGCAGGCGAAGAAGCAGCGGCGGGUGUCCGCGACGGGCGGGUUCUCAGUGUCGGAUGAGUCCCUCUCCUCUCGCGGCUUCAGGUUCCACCGCAGCGCGGAGAAGCUGAACCUAGAGCACCUGAACUCGGUGUUCGCGGCCGUGGGAUUCCCGCGGCGCGACCCGGAGAAGAUCCGGGUGGCGCUGGAGCACACCGACCAGCUGCUGUGGGUGGAAUACGACAAAACUCAGCGGCCGGUGGCGUUCGCAAGAGCGACGGGCGACGGCGUCUUCAACGCGAUAAUAUGGGACGUGGUGGUGGACCCCAGCUUCCAAGGCUUCGGCCUGGGGAAGGCUGUCAUGGAGAGGAUCGUCACCGCCCUGUUAGACAAGGGGAUAACUAACAUCGCCUUGUAUUCGGAGCCCCGAGUUCUCGGCUUCUAUCGCCCUUUGGGCUUUGUGGCCGACCCGGAUGGCAUCCGAGGAAUGGUCUACUCUAGGAAACACAAAACUAAAUAGUUCUUUUUUAUUUUUUCACACCAAAUAAAUAUGUUUCCACCAUUUCACUUCUUUCCUUGUAUACAUUUAUCCAUUCUAAUUUUUUUUAUAACGACGUAUAUUUUUUUCAUCAUAAA